AUGGCUGCUCCAUCGGAAAUUACCCUGAAGAACCUUAAUGGUCAAUUUGUUAUGAACACCAGUAUCUCCGACAGUGGCGAUCCGAUCCUUAAACUCCAGGGUGUUAAUUUCUUCUUCCGAAAAAUCCUCAACAUGGUUGCAGUCACUGUCGUCUUCAAGGAGUGGGUGGAUGAGUCCGGUGUAACCCACGUUUUAAUUGAGAACAAGCCCUCGUCUGGCCUUCCAGCCAACAAUGAGGAUCGCGUACUGAAUGGCGAGCCCAAUAAAUUCGCCCACACUCUCUUCGGCAAUGUCAGCGUCCGUACAAAGUGGCAAUCCGUCAAGGAAUUAAACGACAUCGACGAGUACUUGGCAAAGGGAUUUGAAGAAGGGACUGAGGACCUUAUCUACUCUGAAACGGAGCAUGUGGAUCAGGAUUUGAUCACCCACCAGGCGUUUGGCUUCCAGGAAAUUAACGGAACAAGACACCACACUCGCCAUAUUGUGGUGAAGAAGGGAGAGGAUGUCGUAAGGGCGACAUUGGCUUAUGACUACCUGGGACCACGGGAUGAGCAAUGA